UGGGGAAUUUCAAAAUAUCAUUUUAAUAAUUGGCGACCCUUACUGUCACAUGUCAAAUCAGAUAACCAUCACAAAUCCUCAAAUCAACCGAAACAAUUCGUUUAUUAAGAAAUAUCAGCAAAAAAAAUUGGUUUUACGAAAUAUAGAUUAAAAAGUAGACAUCGCGGAUGUAAUAUCUCAAAAAUCCAAUAAGUAAUAAGAGAAAAAAAAAAAAUGUGGACGAAACCUAUUUUAUUACUACUUAUAACGACUCUUUUCUUCGAAUAUAACCGCGCUAAAAAAAACACGUUAUGCCCGAAAUUAUAUGGGAAACUAUUUAAUGGUUAUGUUCCUGCUGGUAAUAUGUCCUCUGGAGUAUUUAGCGCAGUUCCCGAUGCUGAAGAUCAACGAUCAUGUGUAUUAGAUUGUUGUGAAAAGAAUGAUUGCAACGUAGCGUUUAUCGCGGACGAGAAAUGUUAUCAUAUUAAAUGUCAAAAUUCAACAAUUUGUUUACCAAUUUAUAUUGGGAGCGGUAACAGCAAAGAAGAAGACGACUAUGCAAGCCGUGUUAGUAUGGUUUUGGUAAGACCGGUUGAGGAAGAUGUAGAAUGGGUCGAAUUACUCCUGGGAAAUCGAAAAAACGACGAAGCGACAUCUAUGGAGGCGAAAGAUAACUACGAAUUUGCAUCAAUGUUUUCGCGCAAAGAAGAAUUAGAAAAUGAUUAUAAUAAGUUAUUGCAAAUGGAAGAAACGCGGUUUCCUACUUUUGGCGAUGGUUGUGAAGUUAAUAUCCCUGAUAAUUGUCCUUUAAAUGAAGAGUGUAUUCAAAAUAACGUUAGAGGGCGUGGAGGUACUUGCAAAUGUAAAAGUGGUUAUCUAAGAAAUAGUGAAAAUGAAUGCGUUUUUAUAGAAAAAACUAUCACAACAACCCCUAAAAUAUUUGACAUAACCUCAAAAAUGAAUUUAACUCAAUCAAUUCCCACAAAAGGUUUAUUAGAUGUAACAGCUGAAUCAAAAGUGGUUAAACUCCCAGAAAGUGAAGUAAGUUUAACAGCUGUAGUCAAUCAACAACCCGGAUCAGAAAUAAAUCCCUUAAAAGAUGUUCAAUAUCGUUAUGAGUGGACUGCUUUAACACAACCUGAUGGAAGUAGUGCUGUUAAACAUCAAAACGGGGAAACUUUACAAUUAACGAAAUUAUCUGAAGGUUUAUAUACAUUUAAAGUUGCAGUUUCAAAUGAAACCAUGUACGGGGAAACGUUUGUGAAUGUGACAGUAUUACCACCAUCAAGAAUUAAUAAACCUCCAGAAAUUGUUAUAACACCAGCUAAUCAAACGAUUAAAUUACCAAAUAAUGGCGCUGUUUUGGAUGCUUCUUCAUCAACUGAUGAUGAUGGGAUUGUUACAUUCCAUUGGGAACUUCAACAAGGACCACUUGGUUACCAACCCCAACUUCAUGAUACACCAACAUUAGAAUUAAACGAUUUGAAUAUGCCCGGAAAUUACACUUUUAAAUUAACGGUAACCGACACAGAUAAAGCGAUAAGUGUCAGUACAGCCAAUGUGACUGUUCUAAAAAUAACUGAUUAUCCACCGGAAGCUAAUGCAGGUCAAGAUACAAUAAUUUAUUUACCACACAAUCAAAUAACAUUAAACGGGAAUCAAAGUAUUGAUGAUCACAUGAUAACCACAUGGGAAUGGACAAAAAGUCCCGAUGACGCUGAAAAAGCCGUGGAUAUGCAAGACACGCGAACACCUUACUUAAAACUCUCCGAUUUAGAAGAAGGAAUGUACACCUUUACAUUAAAAGUUACCGAUAGCGCUAAUCAAAGCAGUACGGCUCAAGUACACGUUUUUGUUAAACCCCCAACUAAUAAACCACCAAUAGCUAAUGCUGGAGGGAACUUAACGAUUAGUUUACCGCAAACUUGGGUCGUUAUUGAUGCAGGAAACAGUACAGAUGAUAAUCGAAUUGAGAAAUACAAAUGGGAGCAAGUAAAUGGACCCUCUACGGUUACUUUCGUUAAUCCGAAUGCAACAAAAACGAACGUAACUGGUUUAACAAAAGGGGGUUAUGCUUUCAAGGUAACAGUAACCGAUGAUAAUGAUAACGUUGCUUCCGAUACCGCUUUUAUAACGGUCGAUCAAAAUAAGAAUCAAAAACCAAUAGCAAACGCGGGUGGAAAUUUAUCCAUAGAACUUCCAAGAAACGUCGUUUACGUAAACGGUUCGAAAUCAACAGACGAUUGGUCAAUAGUUCGUUGGAAAUGGACGCGAUUAGAAAAUUCGUUAUCCUUAGGAAACAUAGCUGAAGGAUCAGACGAAACCCCCAUAUUAAUUCUAACUGAUUUAAAAAGCGGAAUUUACGCCUUUAAUUUAACAGUAUACGACGAACAAGGAUUGAGCGAUUCCCAAACGGUUCAAAUAUCAGUUUUGGACGAUCCAAAGUUGAUGUUUUUGGUUGAUAUGGUGGUGGAUGUCGAAGCUGAUGAGUUAACAGAGAGUCAGUAUGGAAUUUUAAAGGGGAAAUUGGCGUUGCUUAUUGAGGAUAAUUCUAAAUUACAGGUUCGAUCAAUUAAACAACAACCAGGCACCACAAACCCAAUAAUAACAUUUUACGUCGAAUCGGGAGUUGAUAAUCAAACCCCACUUCCAGCAAACGAUGUAGUGAAACAUCUCCGAAAAAAAUUAGCAAUCGACGCCGGAUUAUUAGGAUUCACAAUCUCCCGCUUACAAACAACAAUCUGCCAAAAUAACUGUUCCGGUCACGGCGUUUGUAACGAAUUGAGUCGAAAAUGUACUUGCGAAUCAUUUUGGAUGGAAGAUUUAUUUAAGAUUUACUUAUCCGACGGUUACGAAGACUCCAAUUGUAGUUGGAGCGUUCUCUACGUCGUUUUGGGAGUGUUAUCUUUCGUUGUAACGGUUGCGGCCGUUAUUUGGGCUUUGAUUUAUUUGUGUUUGAAUGGAUUUUCGAAAAGGAAUCGGCAAAAACCCGCCAGUUAUAAACUUAUACAAGAUUCCGACGAUGUUUUACCAUAUUCAGGAAGAAAAGCUGAUUUAUCAGACUCUGACACAGAUUCCGACGUAGUUUUUGAAUCAAGGAAUAAACCAAGUAGAUUCGGUGAUAUUAGAAAUGGGCAUAAAUCGAUUAGAAAUGGAUUUUCGAAAAUUGGACGACGAGUUAAAACUUAACUUUGCCACUGUGCCUCUUCAAAUUAAACAACUUUUUUUUAAUCAACCCAAUUCCUAUAAAAUUACUUAACCAUGUAACUAGUCAUUCGAACACUUAUUAUUGAUUAAGUUAGGUUGUGCAGAUUUAAGUUAAUUUAAGGGAAAAUAAGGUUGCGAAAAGUACCCGAUUUUUUGGUGGUUUUCUUUUCUUUUUCAGUAAAAAGAAGAAGAACUUUACAAUUAAUAGAGCUUAAGGAAAGUUUUUUUAAACAUAAAAGAUGAAUAUUGUGUGUGUGAGUGUGUUUUUGCCAAAUUUAAUCAUGUGAUACUAAAAAAAAAUGUCUUGAAGAAGAAGUAAUCGCACCUUUCUUUUCGUUUUAUGUAAUGAUUUUAUAAAAAUGUACUAUGUAUUAUAAAUAUUAUAAAUUUUAAAACGAAAA